CAGCCGGUCUCUCAACAUGGCCAAGAUGGUGGAGGCCGUCAGGCUACGGCAGGCACAGUCGAGUGAAGUGCAGCUGUCUGGCUCUCUGAAGGUGCUGAUUUGUUCCAUCUGUCUGGGCAGUGUCAGUGAAGAGGACGAUGAGAUUGUGGAAUGUGACAACUGUGGCAACGCUGUGCAUGAAGGUUGCUAUGGUGAGCAUGUGAGUGACAGCGCCUCCACCUCCAGUUCCCAGAGUUCCUCCUCCACAGAGCCCUGGUUCUGUGAUGCCUGCAGGGCCGGGGUCAAACCGUCCUGUGAGCUGUGUCCUAACAUGGAGGGAAUCUACAAGCAGACUGAUGCUGGCAGGUGGGUGCAUGUGGUGUGUGCCCUGUACAUCCCCGGCGUUGCGUUUGGAGAUGUGGAGAAACUCAGUCCUGUCACACUGGCCGAGAUGCCCUACUCCAAAUGGGGCUCACGGGACUGCUGCCUGUGUGAGGAUGAGCGGUUCAGUAGGACAGGUGUGUGUAUCGGCUGUGAUGCUGGCAUGUGCAGGAACUACUUCCAUGUUACAUGUGCCCAGAGAAUGGGACUACUGUCUGAGGCUUCUCCUGAUGAGGACAUAGCGGAUCCGUUUUUUGCCCACUGUAAGCUGCACGUGGACAGAGACACCAUGAAACAGAAGAGACAACACUGGAUGGCCAUGCAGUCUUCUAUCCGACAGGCACAGCUCAGGAUACAGGCAGCAUGGGAGUCUAACAAGGAGAGGUUUGGUAGGAAGCUGCAGCACUCCCAGCAGCGUUACCAGCGAGCCAUGAGGAACCUCUUCAACCCCUGGUCCUCCUCUGAGAAGCUUCCCCGUCUGCUGACCACCAGCCCUUCUGCCUACCGAAGGCUGCUGAGGAAGGCUGACCUCAUGGGACUGGCCUCGCAGGGAGCGGAGCACACAACCAGUUACACCACCGUGGACGUGAGGAGGAGGUGGCACAUCCAGCCGGCUAUCUCUCCGGAGUUUGCGCUCUACUAUCUAGACCGUAACAACCGUGUUGAGUCGCUGAAGCUGAAGCUGGCGGGACUUCUGUCGGAACACGACAAACUUCGAGAGGAGGAGACCUCGCUCAGGGAUAAGUACGACAAGUUGUCAGGAGAAGUGGAGAGUCUCCAGUCCUCCACAGGCCAGCUGCAGACCCAGGGAGUGUCCUUAUGGACAUGUCUUGGAGAGAUCACCGGCAAGAAACUGGCCCUUCCCAACGUCUUAAAACCGCCCAAGUCACCGAGGAGAGAGCCAAGGAGGGACAGUCUUAAGUCUCAACCUGUCAUACACCAGUGUGGCAUCUGUAAGCAGACCAGUGACCAGCACCUGCUGGCGAAGUGUGACACCUGUCGGCUGUUCUAUCACCUGGGCUGCCUCGACCCCCCACUCUCCAGGAUGCCCAAGAAAACCGCAACCAUCGGAUGGCAAUGUUCGGAGUGUGCCAGUAGUUCGGAAAGUGACGCGUCGUCAGCGGCAACGCCCGAAACAGGGAAUGAUGGGACGCGGCGUACGCGCCGUCAGAUCAAGGAACCAAUCAAGUUCACCCCUCAACCAAUCAAAAAGGGCCUGAAAAUGAAGGGCCACCGAACCAGGCCAUCCAAGAAAGCCAAGCUAAAGACAUCAGAAGUCAGGGAGAAGGAGGGGGAGACCAAGGAGCCAGAGAAGCGGCGAGAGCGGCGUGUGAGAGACACAGACGUGAGGACGGAAUGUUGUGUGUGCUGGCAGACUGGGGACAACGCCUGUCUGGAGCCAGAGAAGCGGCGAGAGCGGCGUGUGAGAGACACAGACGUGAGGACGGAAUGUUGUGUGUGCUGGCAGACUGGGGACAACGCCUGUCUGGUCAGGUGUGACGACUGCCAGCUGUGUUUCCACUUCGCCUGCCUGGACCCGCCGCUAACUCGCUCACCAAAGUGCUUCGGCUACGGAUGGGUCUGUCAGAACUGUGACAUAUCCGAGGAUGAGGACCCCAUACCAACUCCUCCCAAGAAAGCCAAACUGCAUCUUACAGAGAAGACAGAGGAUAAGGAAGACGAGAAAAUGUCUUAGAGAAGGUUUCUUCAAGGACAUUAUACCCUUGGUUUCACCCUGCUCCUUCAAGUUCAAGUUACAUUCCAUUUGUUUGAUAACAGGAA